AUUUUAGUAUGCUCCGGCCUUCUAAGGUUCUUAAAAAAGGGGGCCCGUCAUGUGGGCCAAAAGUCCACUAAAUAUCUCCCCGGACCAUACGACGAGGGAAUCUUAAAGCUUUGCUUCACCACCCAACAUUUGAUUAGGCAUCCAAAGAAGACUCACCACCGCACUAAGCAAAGCAUGGCGAGCUACAGGUCGCUCGACUAUUACAACCGCGGGUGUUGUUUUCGCGCCUAUUACAACCGGUAACCAUCCGGUUCCAGGUACCCUUGUAAAGCAGGCUCAACAACAGUUCACCCAAAUCAACACUACUAUCUCCAUUAUAGGGAUCAGCCACCAUCAAAGCUAAGCUGAUAAGCGAAAAAAAUUAUACUCUUCUUUCCCAUUUUGAUCCUUCUGCGCUCUUCUCUGUUGCCGGCCGGACUAUCCAAUGCAAUCCUUCUCCGCCAUUAACUCCGAUGAGAAUUUUGAGCAGAGAAUCUCUGAUCGUUUUAUCUGAAGUGUGCAUUCAAACGCUGCAUGGGCAUUGCUUUUCACUGUGUUAGGAAUAUCUCGUUUUUGGCGCUGAGACACUGAAGCCAAACUGACUCCUCAGUCCUCAGAUUUCAUUCUUCUGAUUUCUAAGUUCUGAGUCCCGCAAACGAUCAGAGAAUUGAAAAAUGCUGACGUGUAUAGCUCGAUCGAAGCAACCUGGCGAUGACUCGCUGAGUCAACCCGAUGAGUCCGGUACGACAAACAAUCCGAACACCAAACAACACCAAGCGAUCAAGUCCCUCACUACUCAGCUUAGGGACAUGGCUCUCAAGGCCUCUGGAGCGUACCGGCACUGCAAUCCAUGUACUGCACCAACAAGUCAGAGCCGAUUUAGAAACAACUCGAACGAGUCUGACGCAGAGUCGGAUCGUUUCCGGUGGUCGUUACGGCGGACCGGAAGCUCGAGCUCUACGACACCUAGGACAUGGGGAAAGGAGAUGGAGGCAAGGCUGAAAGGGAUAUCGAGUUCAAGCGGCGAAGGAACGCCAAACUCAGUGAACGGCAGUGGGCGCCGGGUCGACCCGCCCGUCGUUUUCGUCGAAGAGAAUGAACCCAAGGAGUGGGUGGCCCAGGUGGAGCCCGGUGUUCUGAUCACUUUCGUUUCGCUCCCACGCGGAGGAAAUGAUCUCAAGCGGAUACGCUUCAGUCGAGACAUGUUUAACAAGUGGCAAGCUCAAAGAUGGUGGGCAGAGAACUAUGACAGGGUCAUGGAGCUUUAUAAUGUCCAGAGGUUUAAUCGCCAGGCUUUUCCACUUCCAACACCCCCAAGAUCAGAAGAUGAGAGCUCAAAAAUGGAGUCUGCGGAAGACAGCCCUGUAACACCACCACUGACCAGAGAACGCUUGCCUCGUAAUUUGUAUCGACCAACAGGAAUGGGAAUGGGAUACUCAUCCUCAGAUUCACUGGAUCAUCAUCCAAUGCAAGCCCGUCAUUACUGUGACUCAGUUGGUCUCACCUCAACCCCAAAACUCUCUAGUAUUAGUGGGGCCAAGACGGAGACAUCAUCAAUGGAUGCUUCUAUAAGAAGUAGCUCGUCAAGGGAGGCAGAUCGCUCUGGAGAGCUGUCAAUCAGCAAUGCUAGUGACAUGGAAACUGAAUGGGUGGAACAAGAUGAACCAGGAGUUUACAUAACAAUUAGAGCCUUGCCAGGUGGCAAAAGGGAGCUCAGAAGAGUUAGAUUCAGCCGGGAAAAAUUCGGGGAGAUGCAUGCUCGAGUGUGGUGGGAAGAGAAUCGAGCCAGGAUACAUGAACAAUACUUGUAAUUGAGCGGAAACAGCCGCUGCUGGUGCUGUCUAGAUUGUGGGGGUGUGUUCAUCUUUUCUCUUUCUAUUUAUAUAUAUGUAUAUUUUUUUUCUCCCUUCCAUACGAGUAGAAUCUAAACAGGUGCUGCUGGCACCUCUUUUAUUUUUUGGGGGACUCUGCGCACUUACAGUGAAGUUCCUCAACUUGGUAGAUGCACGAUACCCUUGUGGGAUUGGGAUCAAGUACUUGAAUUAAUCUUAUAUUUUUAACAAUUUCUUUUUAAUUGUGGGUGGGUAAAGAGCAACGGUUGUGUAAUCGCAAUUAUAUGGGUGGUCCACACAUGAGUAUCAAUAUCAAUGAAAUGAAAGAAUGUGUUUUUUCUUUUUC